AAACUUUAUUCUGAUUGAUUGGGUCAAUAGAGGUAAAAAGAUAAAAGAUACGUCAAAUUUAAAAAAACAACAUAAUACUCAUGUUUUCGUUGGCUUAGACUUUCAAAAUAAGAAAUAAGGAAUAACGUUGAAACGAAUUUUGUUCAAAUUGUGAAUAAAAUGAAAGGGUUUGGCCGUUGGAAAUCCUUUGAUUUUGGACCUGAAAGUAGUGUUGACAAUACAGAGGAAAACAUAUUACCUACCAAAUUAUUAACCAAGUCAUUAGAUAAUGGGCAAACUAGUGAAAACAAGGUCUCUCUUUUAAACCUUCAAAAAAAGAUUGUUCCUAAGUCAGUUGCUGAUCUUGCAAUCCAUACAAAAAAAAUUCAAGAAUUACAGGGAUGGUUAAAGUUUAGUUUGUCACCACCUGGCCAAGAAAAAAAAUGUACCCCAAUUUUACUGCUGUCUGGUCCCACAGGCUCUGGGAAAACUAUAACUCUGCAAGUGAUUUCAAAGGAGCUUAACGUAGCAUUAAUAGAAUGGGUUAACCCAGUAGACAUUGACUAUGAAGUAGGCAAAGGAUCAAGUCAAAGAAACCGCUUUUUAGAAUUUUUUCAUGAAUGCAAGUACAGUUCCUUAUUUGACAUAGAAAAUAACAACAACAUAAUACUUGUGAAAGAUUUUCCAAACGUAUUUGUUAGAAAUCCUGAUGAAUUUCAUAGUGUUCUCGAUGAAAUUUAUUUCAAAGGAACACAUCCAGUUGUAUUUAUAUGUACCGAAUUUAACAGCGGCACUAUAAAUUUACAGAGAAAUUUAUUUCCAGAAGAAAUACUAAUAAAAUACUCCAUAACUCACUUUAGUUUCAAUGCUUGCGCACCAACUUUAUUAAGGAAGGCUAUUAAAAGAGCUCAGUCCAUUUUUUCUGAUAAUUCUAAUGAAUUACAAAGUGUUUCAAGUAAUACAAUUGAUGCCAUUAUUGCUUCUUCUUUGGGAGACAUAAGAACAGCUAUGAAUCAGUUGUAUCUUGCCAGCUUUAAAGACUCAGAAGACCGGUCUCUUAUGAAGACAAAUAAAGAAAAACAAGGAACUAAAAGAAAACGUAACAGUAAGACGGAAGCUGUGGUAAAUAUAUACAGGGACGUGGCGUUAGGAUUGUUUCACGGUUUGGGAAGAGUACUGAACCCAAAAAGAAUAGAACGUGGAGGAUCCUGGCGCAUUUCUUGCGAUAUUAACCAACUUGUUGAUGAAUUUAGCACACAGCCGGCAAAGUUUAAUGCUUUUCUCUAUGAAAAUUAUCUAAAGUACUUUAGUGAACUCGACGAUGUAGAAAACGCUAUAGAAAUAUUAAGUUCAUCAGCACAAUUAAUGGAAAAUUGGGAACAUCAUGAAAUAAUGGUGAUGGCUCUGUGGAUGUGUGUUCUGGGUCUAAUGACUUUUAACGAGCAUAAGGUGUCAAAAUGGAAUCAAAUAAAAGGGCCAAGGAAAAUUGAAAAUGCUGGGUUUUCAAAAGACAGUGUCAACUUCAAUUCAGAAGACAAGUUUUACUACAAUAUUAUAACCAAAUCAAACAAAUAUUAUAAAUUUAAUUGCGAUUAACUAAUAAAUUUAAUACCUUCCUCAAAUUAAUGUCAGUAUACCCCAUAAUUAGUUUUUUCUAGUUACUCAUGAAAUCCGCUAAAUCCACAAAAAUUGGUUACCUUAUAUUUACAUGUUGAUAUAAGGUAACAUUUGUAGGAAUUCAUAAACAUAUUUAUUUAGA